CAUCAAUAUCACUGACAACUAACGUGCACGUUAGUCACUUGCUACUGACGAAAUUCUUGGUCAAAUGGUGACUGACGGAGUACGAUGCAACACGAUACCUGUUGCCGAGCUCCGUCAAUACGCUUUGACCGAUCAAGUAGGCUGUAAAAAUGUCCGUAACGAAUUGUUGAUUGUCGUAGAUUGUAUUUAAUUUUCAACGAGCAAAGUUACGAUUUCCGUUCCGGUUGUUGAGUUUGAUUUUUGUUUAAAGAAUUAUUAUGCCGAUCGGUGAGAACAGUAGUGUGGGGUGUUCCUCUAUGCAGAGAAAGCGAGCUCACGGCAGGAAAAGUUUUGCCGAAAUUGCCAAAGAGUGUUGCAAAAUCGAAGGCAUUAAAUAUUAUUGUGCUAUUGAUCCUGACAGUGGUUGUACUUAUAUACAGGAGAAUUUCGAUUCAGGAAAUUUGGUACGACACUUCCGGAACAAACAUAAAACGGCAGCGGAAAUUAAAGGGCUCUUUCCCGAUGGAAAUCAAGAAAAAAGGUCACGAGUAAUCACUAAGCGCCUUGUUUCCGUCGACAAGCGAACGUAUGUCGAAGGAACCAUAAAGCUUGUCACGCAACACAACCUGCCUUUGAACUGCUUUCAAUGGGAGGGUCUGAAAAUGUUGCUUGAUCCUAUAGCAGAUGCUGUGAACAUAAAAGUAUCCAGAUCAAACAUCAAGGUUUGGAUUUCUGCAGCAGCUAACAAACUAAAAUCAAUAAUGGCAGUCGAAAUGAAACACAAGCUGGUAUCUAUCAAAUUGGAUUCUGCAUCACGGCAUGGUCGUCACGUUCUCGGAAUCAACGCACAGUACGAACUCAACGGAAAAUUGGUGAUUCGAACCUUGGGAAUGAUUGAAGUAGACCAGAGACAAACUGCUGUGUUUUUGCGUGAUAAAGUAUUGGAAACAUUGCGUGUCUAUGAUUUGAAGUUGGAUCAAAUCUUUAGCAUUACGGUGGACAACGGCAGCAACCAUGUUAAAAAAUUAAAUCUUUGCUGAAUGAGUCCAUUGCAGUAUCGACUUUAUUGUUCGAAGAUGAUGAGAACAUACCACAGGAAAGAGACCUCAUUGAAGAGCUUGAGCUAGAGUGGGAUGCACGGAUAUCCCUUGUUCGGUGCGCGGUUCAUUCCCUCCAACUUGCGAUUGCGGAUGUUUUUGAUAAAGCUGAUCCGAAUCUUAAAUGCAUCACGGAAGUAGUACGUCAUCUACGUCAAAUUAAAUAUAAAUCAUUCGUCGAGGUUCAACAACUUGCCCUCCCUCCGCUCUGGUCACCAACACGUUGGGGCGGUAAAUACAAAAUGUUGUCUAGCAUUUUAAAGCAAGAAGCGAAAUUUGUUGAACUGGGAACUCAGUAUUCUGAAAUGUGUAAAUUAAGACAAUUUAAUCGUUCCAAUAAAUAAAUGUAAGAAAAAAAUACAUUUUCAGGUUUGGGCAAGGAUGAUUGGAGAUUUAUCAGAGAUUACGUUGAUGCUACCAGGCCGUUUUAUCACU